GAGAUCGUUCGACAUUUUACAUCCAAAUUUUAUGGCAGAGAGUAGAAACGUCCGGCUUGGUUUGACAGCAGAUGGAUUUAAUCCAUUUGGGAACAUGAGCACAUCUCACAGCACAUGGCCCGUAAUGCUUGUGCCGUACAAUUUGCCACCUUGGAUGUGCAUGAAACAGUCGUCCUUCAUCCUUUCCUUGGUUAUCCCUGGACCGAGCUCACCAGGUAUGGAUAUUGAUGUUUACCUUCAGCCAUUGAUUGAUGAGUUGCUGGAACUGUGGAAUGUAGGGGUACGAACAUUCGAUGCUUCAAAGAAGGAAAAUUUUAUUAUGCGAUCUCAGUUGAUGUGGACGAUAAACGACUUGCCAGCGUAUGCAGAUUUAUCAGGUUGGCCUAACAGGGGUGCGAAGGCAUGUCCUUGCUGUAUGCAAUCGACGCGUUCUAUACGCUUAAAGAACGGGUGCAAAUUUUGCUAUAUGGGGCACAGGAGAUAUCUGCCGCCUGAACAUCUGUGGCGGCUUAACAGGAGGACAUUUGACGGUACCGAAGAAUUUGCCAGCGCACCGAUUGUGCCAUGCGGAUACGAGGUUCUCCAACAGUUGGACGGAGUUGCGUUUGGAGAUGAGACCGCGGGUAAGAAGAAGAAACGGAAGAAGCGGAAGAAGGGUGCAGGGAGUUCCGAUGUUAUAUGGAAGAAGAAAAGUAUAUUUUUCAGAUUGCCGUAUUGGAAAGACAAUUUGCUUCGGCACAAUCUUGAUGUUAUGCACAUAGAGAAAAAUGUCAUGGACAAUAUACUUGGCACUAUUUUGGAUAUAAAAGGGAAAACGAAGGACAACUUGGCAGCUCGGCUGGACUUGCAGGAAAUGGGGUUGAGACCUAAGUUGCAUCCGUUCACGGCCGCCAACGGUAAAACGUAUAUUCCCGCUGCCUGUCACACAAUGUCUAGAGAGGACAAAGAAAAUUUUCUGAAGGUUCUUCGAAAUGUUAGGGUCCCGGACGGAUACGCUUCGAACAUUUCACGAUGUGUUCGGCUCAAGGACCGUACAAUUUCUGGCUUGAAGAGCCAUGAUAGCCACAUACUGAUGCAACAGCUUCUUCCAAUUGCACUGCGUAAGUCAUUGCCUGAUAAAGUGGUUAGACCUCUUGUGGAGAUUUCUGCAUUUUUUAGAGGCAUAUGCUCAACAAAGCUAUCACAAGAAGAUAUGGACCGACUGCAGGGUGACGUCUGUAUCACUUUGUGCAAGCUAGAACAGAUAUUCCCUCCAGGGUUUUUUACCAGCAUGGUCCACUUGGUUGUGCAUCUUGUGCGCGAGUGUAGACUAGGCGGACCCGUGCAGUAUAGAUGGAUGUACCCGGCAGAGAGGAGUCUGGGGAAUUUCAAAAAUAAUGUGCGCAAUAAAGCAGCUCCUGAGGGGUGCAUUGCGGAGGGGUACAUAGCGACCGAGCUGGUAACGUUCUGUUCAAGGUAUCUGAAUAACGCACCAACAUUCCACAACAGACCUCAGAGGAAUCCUGAUGGAUCCAAGGGAGCGGGCACGCGUGUUACCAUGAACCGGUUGAUAAUGCACCAGAUUCAUCGUUAUAUUGUGUUCAACUCUGAAGAGUUUCACAAUUUGCGGACGAUGCACAAAGACGCGCUUAGGCGAUCAUGCACUAGGGGUCGCAUUACGGAGGCUCUUAUUGAAGCACAACAUCAUGAGCAGUUCUGCGAAUGGUACCGUGCAUAUGUCGAUGGCCUGGACGAUCAACGUAGGGAGGAAUUGGGCCACAAGUUGGUUAUGCGUUGUAGAGGGCUAAAGGAGACAGCGGUGAAGUACAACAGGUACGUGGUAAAUGGAAAAUUAUUUCGCACGCUUGCUCAUGAUGUGGGAAGGAGGACUCAGAAUAGCGGCGUCUGUGUUCCUACCGUUGAAGGCGAAACGUACUACGGACAGUUAACCGAUAUAUUUGAGGUCGAGUACUAUGACAGGACUACGUACGUCUUAUUUAAGUGCAAUUGGGCAGACCCCACAAUGGACAGAGGAUUCACAAUAGACGAGUAUGGCCUAGUGUUUGUCAACUUCAAUCACCUCGUCCACAGGGGAGAACAGAUUCAGGACGAGCCGUACGUGCUUACAUCUCAGGUGGAUCAAGUAUUCUACGUAGAAGAUGGAAGGAACCCAAAUUGGGUUUGUGCGGUUAGGACCAAACCGCGCAACGUGUACGACGUUGGACAGGGGGAUGGGAGUAAUGAGGAUGGUACAACCUACCAUGAGUGCGUACCGCUCGUACUAGCCACUGCUGACCUACCAGAUACGAAUGACGAAUUCGAGUACGACAGGCCCGACGUAGAUCCUAUUGAAGCUCCCGUGAUACAAUGAUUGAUGUAUUUGUUGUAUUGAUGGACCAGAGACCCCCUCAUUAUGCGUAUCGGGCACCUAGCCCACCCGUGCCCCCCAUGACCACGCCCACUGUUUCGACGGCAUUGUAUUCUGCAGCGUGGCCACACCACCCAGACGGGCCUUAUAGACCAU